GUUUGAUUUCAAACAGAUCAGGUAUCACUGAGAGGGCAUAUAUUACUGACAGAUUAGGUGUCACUGACCGAUUAGGUGUCACUGACCAAUUAGGUGUCACUGACCGAUUAGGUGUCACUGACCGAUUAGGUGUCACUGAUCGAUUAGGUGUCACUGACCGAUUAGAUGUCACUGACCGAUUAGGUGUCACUGACCGAUUAUGUGUCACUGACCGAUUAUGUGUCACUGAUCGAUUAAGUGUCACUGACCGAUUAGAUGUCACUGACCGAUUAGGUGUCACUGACCGAUUAGGUGUCACUGACCGAUUAGGUGUCACUGACCGAUUAUGUGUCACUGACCGAUUAUGUGUCACUGACCGAUUAGGUGUCACUGACCGAUUAUGUGUCACUGAUCGAUUAGGUGUCACUGACCGAUUAGGUGUCACUGACCGAUUAGGUGUCACUGACCGAUUAGGUGUCACUGACCGAUUAUGUGUCACUGAGCGAUUAGAUGUCAUUGACAGAAUCAGAUAUCAAUCACAGAACACGUGUCAUUGA